AUGAGUUUCAAAAACAGUAAGAUUGAAUACAAGAGCAAGUUUAUCACAAUUAACAGCUAUACUCAAAAUGCAAUUGACACGAGCUUAACACAAGGAUUGAACUGAUAGAGGAAAUCAGUCUGGUUUUGGUGACAAAGUUCAAUGGACAUUUGAUUGGACUGAAUUGCAGGCCAGCGGAAUAGAUGGUCUGUCAGGCUUGAUUACUGUUAGCUCUCAUCCGGACCACUCUUCAUUUGAACCUAUAAAAAUUGAAGUCGAUUUAAUUGAUCCCGUACAGAAAGUUGAAGCAUCACUGGAAAACUUGAUUAAUUCCACACUGUCGUUUCAAUACUGAUACCAUACCAAACUACGAUUGAAAAGGUUAACUACGACGAAAUGUUCUUGCCAACAAAUGAAACCGAUGCAAUUCUUGUUAUUGGGGAUAAGAUGUUGAAUGUUAACAAAGCUUUUCUUUCAUUUCACUCUACUUACUUCAGUGCUCUAUUCUCAUCCAAUUACAAAGAAGGUCAAAUGUCAGAGAUUGAGCUUAAAGAUGUGUCUUACGAAAACUUUGCUCUUCUUCUAGGAACUAUCUAUCCGAAUACAAUAUUUCCAAACGAUAAAACCGUGUAUAAGAUUCUGGAUAUGGCGGACCGAUUUAUUCUUCCGUCUGCAAUAUGGCACGUGGAGUAUCAUCUGCUCAAUAAUACCCGAAUCAGAAAUGAAAUGCUGAUGUGGUUGGCUGACAGAUAUGGAAUGACGAAACUUCUCGAAAAAUCGAUUCGUCGGAUGAAUUCAGUUGAGAGUGCGAAGAAGUUGAAGGCUUCACAGGAAUACUCCAAACUUUCCAAUGACUCAAAGGCCAAAGUUCUUGAUCGCCUUAUGGGGCUUAUUUAA